UGUAUUUUUUGGAAGGGAGCGGACCGCGCGCAGCGUCACCGCUCUCCUCGGCACCGGGCGCAGUGUCCCCGCACAGAGCACCCCAGGAUGGAAGAGGAGAUCGCAGCGCUCGUGAUCGACAAUGGCUCCGGCAUGUGCAAGGCGGGCUUCGCCGGGGACGACGCGCCUCGCGCCGUGUUCCCGUCCAUCGUGGGCCGCCCCCGGCACCAGGGCGUGAUGGUGGGCAUGGGGCAGAAGGACAGCUACGUGGGCGACGAGGCGCAGAGCAAGAGAGGCAUCCUGACGCUGAAAUACCCCAUCGAGCACGGCAUCGUCACCAACUGGGACGACAUGGAGAAGAUCUGGCACCACACCUUCUACAACGAGCUGCGUGUGGCGCCUGAGGAGCACCCGGUGCUGCUCACCGAGGCGCCCCUCAACCCCAAGGCCAACCGCGAGAAGAUGACGCAGAUCAUGUUUGAGACCUUCAACACCCCCGCCAUGUACGUGGCCAUCCAGGCCGUGCUGUCCCUGUACGCCUCCGGUCGCACCACGGGCAUUGUUAUGGACUCUGGGGACGGUGUCACCCACACGGUGCCCAUCUACGAGGGCUACGCGCUGCCCCACGCCAUCCUGCGUCUGGACCUGGCCGGCCGCGACCUGACCGACUACCUCAUGAAGAUCCUGACAGAGAGGGGCUACAGCUUCACCACCACGGCCGAGAGGGAAAUCGUGCGUGACAUCAAAGAGAAGCUGUGCUACGUCGCCCUGGACUUCGAGCAGGAGAUGGCCACUGCCGCUUCUUCCUCCUCCCUGGAGAAGAGCUACGAGCUGCCCGACGGGCAGGUCAUCACCAUCGGCAAUGAGAGGUUCCGGUGUCCGGAGGCCCUGUUCCAGCCUUCCUUCCUGGGCAUGGAGUCGUGCGGCAUCCACGAGACCACCUUCAACUCCAUCAUGAAGUGCGACGUGGACAUCAGGAAGGACCUGUACGCCAACACGGUGCUGUCCGGCGGUACCACCAUGUACCCCGGCAUCGCCGACAGAAUGCAGAAGGAGAUUACAGCCCUGGCGCCCAGCACCAUGAAGAUCAAGAUCAUCGCCCCUCCGGAGCGCAAGUACUCGGUGUGGAUCGGCGGCUCCAUCCUGGCCUCCCUGUCCACCUUCCAGCAGAUGUGGAUCAGCAAGCAGGAAUACGACGAGUCCGGCCCCUCCAUCGUCCACCGUAAAUGCUUCUAAACGGACUGCUGGCAGGCGUGCAGCAUCUGCUGCGUCACUCGUCUCACUAGUAUACGUUUGCCCAGGCAAAUCUAUACACCUCAUGCUAGCCUCAUAAAACUGGAAUAAGCCUUCUUUCAAAAGAAACUUGCCCUUGGGAAAAAGUCUGUACCUGAUGUUAAGACAAAACGUCAGCACUGGAUGCUCGAGCUGUCGCUUGAUUUGAGCUUGCAUUCGAGUUCACCCUUCCUUCGGUGCACGCCUUGAGCAAAAUACCCUGUACAGAUCUGCUCAGCCCGGGGGGGGGUGGGAUGUGUACAGGGUAUUUGGAGUCAGGCUUCAUCCAGUGCGGAGUAUUCCAGAUUUGGUGUAGAGGCUGGUACGAGUCCAUCCAGACCCACUUGUGUCGCCGCCGUUCUAGCAAGGUUGGGAAACAUAUCGCAUCCGAGCCUUACAACCAGUCCUCCCAUCACCCCCCCCCCCCCCCCCCCCCACCACCACCACCCCCCCUAUGUCCCAGUAACCACCACGGGGCUGUGGUUCCUCAACGCGGGUUGCUGAAACUUGGCAUUGACACCUGUAAAUUUUUUUUUUUUCUGCAUCGUUUUAAUUUAUGUAAGUUUUGGGGUUUUUUUUUUUCCUGUUUUUCUUGGUUUUUUUUUCUUUUUUUUUUUUGUACGUUGCCUUAAUGUUCUCACGUGACGGUAGGAAACCAAAAUUUGUAAAGUCAUCCUCCAAGUUGAGAAAUUGUAAACGCCCAGCAACAACACAUCAUGGUGUAAGGAAAAUAAUAAUAAUAAAAAGGAAAGCGCUGCAGUAAAACUCCA